UUGUGGCUUAAACCAGCACAGGGAACAGCAGUUGCAUUUUGGGGGCUUUUAUUCGCCUCUCUCUCUCUCUCUCUCUCUCUCUCUCUCUCUCUUUAUCCGUUUCACCUUCCCUCUUCUCUUCAUGGGGAAGGAGAGAGCUGAAGGGACUGCAGGUAUAUAAGAGCUCCAUGCAACAUCUCACAUAUCCAUCAUGUUGCGCCUAGCUGAAUGGACAUGCUGUUUUACAUUAUUUCAGGACUAUUCCUUCUCUAUUUUUAGAUUUUUUUCCCUCUAUUUCAAACUUUUUUUUCCCUCAGUGUGGACCUAUUCGUGGUCCACGUUGAACUGAUCAGCAGUGAUGCCUUGUGAUAAAGCAACUGCAGUAGCAGAGGAGCAUCAAUGCUGGGAUUCUUAACAACACAAUAAGGAAAAUGGGAGACUUGGAGUUUGGCUUCGAGGAAAUGCAGGGUGUAAAGCUCGGGUAUCUGGUCAUUAAAGGCAAGCAGAUGUUUGCCCUCUCCCAGGUCUUCACCGACCUCUUAAAAAACAUCCCACGGACUACCGUGCACAAACGGAUGGAUCACCUGAACGUGAAAAAGCAUCACUGUGAUCUGGAGGAGCUGCGAAAGCUCAAAGCAAUAAACUCGGUGGCUUUCCACGCAGCCAAAUGCACUCUGAUCUCCAGAGAGGACGUGGAGGCUCUCUAUUUCUCCUGCAAAACGGAGCGCGUGCUGAAAUCCAACAAAAGGAGAACGAAGACAAAAGCAGACGAACACAUCCGAGGUGAAGACCGUUCCCACGACAGCACAAACGGCUUCUGGAAGAAGAAACUUUGGCUGAGUUUUCGCGGAGUGUCGCCGACUCUGGCUCUUCGAAACAAAGCUGUCAGACCGGAGCUCUCGUCCAAUCUACCUCAAAUUUACAGCAAAUCCAUCUACCAGAACUUUCAACCGGUAACCCCGACUGCAUGCAGAGCCUUCAGAAACUAUGAAACUGUGCAAAUACCUGGAAAAUGUGUGGAGUUUAAUGAGAAACGCUCGUUUUUUCGAAGCGGCGAGGCGGUGAAGCGAAAGCCGGCUGUGUCCGCCAUUUCGGCUCCGUCCGACUCGGAGCUGCUUUACAAAAGGAAAAGGAGGUGCGAGAGACACUUCGGGAGCAGAAAACGACACUACAGGCAGGUCUUGCUCGUUCCUAAGUGCUGCAAACCCAAAGCAUGUCUGGCUAACGGAUCUCUGAGCCAUUUUCACCCGGAUCGGGAGCUCUACUUGGAGUCCCGGCAUUUUCAGGAGAGCUGCAGCAGCGACACCGAGUGCAGCUCCGCCAACGACUCGGACUUUGGCUCAAGUUUGUCCACCAGCAGUAGCACCAGCAGCUCAACCAACUCUGCAACUACAGACGACGAGGAGGAAGACUCCUUUUCCGGUUCUUCAGAAGAAAGCAGUGAUGGAGAGAGCUCGUCUCAGUCCGAUUCAAGCUCCGUGUCCAGUCGGGUUUCGGUGCAGAGCAUCAGAUUCAGGCGCGCGCGCUUCACGAGCCUCAACGCAAAAGCGCCUCUGGUUCUGCAGCCUACUUUCCACUACAGGUCUAAUUUUCAACCCAAAAAUGGAGGUGUGCAUGCAAGUGCUGCAGCUCUGGAUUGUGAGAAAGGGAGGAAAAAAACGACUUUGGACAUUACCGACUGGAAGCACAGACGCAGGGAAUGUGAUGACUGGGACUGUGGGAAAAAUGUGUGCACGGUUGGGAAUUGUUUCUCAGGCCUGAAAAGAGUCGUGGCUCCACAAACGGUAGACUUUUCAAACGAGCCAAAGACAACCGAGCUUCUAAGUGGUAGAAAUAAAUAUGUAAGUUUUACAUCCUGUGCAGAUGGAAAGGUGUUUCCCCAACAAAGAGCGUCAGGAUACCAAGCCACAUUACCACACUGCAAUCAGGACAAAGACACUGGCAUUUCUAAGGCUCAUGAUAGCAAUUUUUCGGAAGGUGCAAAUUCCAAAAAAGAUGCAAAAACAGUCAGCUGCCUCAAGCAACCAUCACCUCUGAAAACAGUAAAGACUGAGACCGAGGAGUUCACCACAAUCACAAACUCAGACACUACAGGAGACACGAAACUGAACCACGUGAAAAUCAAAGUGGAGGACACUUUUGAUGAGUAUGAAUAUGCAACCCAAGACCAUGCUCACCAAUGCAAAGAUAAAUACGAUGAAAAUGACGCGGACGGUUUGUGUAUCAGUGCUGAUACUGCAGAAACAGAUCGUGGUAAAGAUGGCAGACAAACAUUUCCCCCUCCUUCUAAACAGGAACCAAGCAGCACUUUAAACACUCAAGGGGAUUACAAAAACGGUGCAAGGGUCAGGAAAAGCUACCGGACUCCAGUUUGUGGGAAAAAGACAGAAAAUGGAGUUAGGACAAAUGCGAAGGUGGACAGGAGUCCUAGACCUGCUGGCAAAUGUGUGAGCAAACGAACUGCCCAACAUGCAUCCUCUUUGAAAACAACUUUUAACUUCAUGGCCAAUUUUCCAUGCCCUCCGUCUCUGAUCAUCGGUAGUGAUGGAGAUUUGAGUCCUGCUUACUCUUUAACCUCUUUCAGGACUAACCAGGUGCCUCAUCCUUCUCAUCCGGUGUGGACAUGGCAGCUCGGCACUUCUGUUAUACCUCCUCACCUUAACCAGAGAUUCAGGAAAACAACAACAUAAGCCAAUAUUUGAGAGGACAAGUCUUAAGGCACUGAUAAUGAUUAUAAAUGGCUUUUUUUUUUUGGUUUUGGUGAGCAUGCAGGAGGCCUACUCCUUCACUCCUUCAUCACGUGCCACAGAAGCCCAGCAUUUUUUUCACCCUGCUUUACGGAACACUGUGGAUGUUUUUUUUUUUUUUUUUUUUUUUUUUUAUAUAUAUAUAUUUUCAUUAACAAUGGCAAAGAACAUCUUGUGGAUUUUUACUAGGACCUGUUGGAAUUUCAGACUACGUAUGAAUGCCAUUUUGGAAUAGACCCAUACAUAUUGCCAGGAAAGCUUGGCUUUGACUAUUAAAAUAAUCUUUUAAUAUUUUUUUUUUUUUUUUUUUUUUUUUUUUUUUUUUUGCAAUAGUUGCAGAUCCCAAAUAUUUUCCCCAAACGUCCCCAUUCACAGGACUCUUAAACUCAUUGUAGGCAUCUACAUUGGACCGGGUUUACGUAUUUAUUCAAGGGCUGAAGCCCAGUUGGUCCAGACCCCCGUCCCAUCCUGUCCCGUCCCCCCAACACACACAUACACACACCACAACAAUAACAGAAAGGCCCUGGACGAUUGACAAUCAGGAGCUGUUUGGAUUUGCACGAAGUUAAGAAGAGGGGAAAAACUCCAAAUCGAUGUGGUUAAGGCAUUGAUAGUCUAUGGUAGGAGCUGAAGCACAGAUUUGACUAUGCAUUGUUACAAUGCUGUACUGCUCCAUAAUAGAC